UCUACUCAACACAUUUCUCUCCUCCCCCUCCCCUCACCCCCGUCUCCUCUCAACUCUUGUUCUUUUUCUACUUGCUCCCUUGAGACUAAUGGCUUUCCUUAGUAGAUGAUACGAUUAUUUUCCUGUUUUUGCAUUUUCCUUUGGCUCAUGGUUGCAGGAGUCGAUUGUUGAUGGUGGCAAGCACCAUCGGUCAAACCGUCGUGCUUCUCAUCAGUAAAUGAUCUAACCACUAGAAGAAUUAUGUCGGAAUUUGACAGUAUGACAUAUGAUCUUCAUCAUCCAAGGGGUUUCAAUGUUGUUUCUGAGUUUUUUUGUUUUACAUGGAGGAUAAGGAAAAGAACCUGUGUAAGUAUAGUCACAAUAUCUUUUUAGAAAAUUAUUAAGUUCUCUAUAAGGACCUGUGUAGUGGAUUCCCUUUCCUAUAUAUUCUAUUUUUUUAUAUAAAAACAUUAUCAGUACUAUCAAAUUAUAAUGUUUCAUGAUAUUUUUAUAUGAAAACACUUAGCAUAGUUUGGUAGAAUGGGAAAAUAUUGUUUUUUAUAAUGAGCACAAAUCAUAUUUUAAUACUUAAAUUAAGAAAGUAUUUGUAAGGAUAUUUUUUGAAACUUGCAUGUUAAAAAAUCUCAUAUCUAUUAUUCUCUUGUAUAAGUGAAAUUGUUUUUGCUAUUACAAGAAACACACAUGCCUACACACCACCACGCAUGCACACCAUCACACACAUGCGAAGCCCCCCCCCCUCCACCUCCCUCCCAAAGGCCCUAACACACGCUUAAAGAGACGGACACAAAAGAAAAAUCCCUGACCUCACUAUUUGAUUCAAUAAAAAAAAUAAUGUUUAGCAAAACAUUUCACCAAUUCGCAAGAAAACAGAAAAAAAUACUUAAAAUAUGACAUAAAAAUAUAAAUAAACACAUCUCCUCUCUGUGUUUUGGAGUAAUUGACUCUAUUGAUUACUGCCUUAUUGCCAUCUCACUUCGAUAAAUGAAAGUUGUAUGAUUAUAAUUUUUGACGCUGCACGCUUCGAUGACAUAACAUAUUUUCAGCUGUUUAUGAUAUUUUGCUAAAUAAAGUGGUUUGAAAUUAAAUAUUUUCAGUGUCAAUUAUUUAAGAAGGCAGGUACUAUCAUUUUAGAGCAUGCAUGCCAUCAUCGAAGCUCAAAGUUCUAGCAACAAUUAAUAGUUGCACUCUUAAUAAUCAUAUCCAUGGAGUAUCAUAAUGCAUAAUAUGCUGCAGAGACAAAUCCAAGCUCAUAUUCUGCAGAAACAAACAAAAAAGAUUUGGUGCAAAUGAUCUGGGGACAUAGCAGGAAAAGUGAUUUAACGAAUCCUACUUCUCGCAGGGGCAAUCUUGUACUCACAAAAAAUUAAAUCCUAUGUCAACAAUUAAUGUUAAACUCACCUUUAUUCCUAGUUUUAAGCUAUAUAAACAAGACUAGCCACUUUGUUAUCAUUGCCCUCUCUCAGCUCCCAAAAAUCUCACUCAUGUUUGAUUGCUUUAGUUAUUCUCCAUCAAGAGGUUGAAGGCUAAACUACUCUUAGUUCAAUGUUUAACUAAACAUAUCCAUACCCAUCACUUUGAUGGCUUCCAAGAUAUUGUAAUUAAAAACACAUCCCUCACAGCUUCCAUAGACGCUACUAAAGUUUGUGGUGCAUAUCAAAGAAACUAUUGUUGACAAGAGCAUGGCAUCAACAGGCAUUGCAGUGAGCCCAAGCAACAACGAUGCUUUGGACCUAGCUGUUGCACAAUUAGAUGGUGAUCAAUCUUCAUAUCAUCAUACACCAGAGGUCUUCUUACUCUACCUUGCAGUUCCCGGUGUUCCUCUAGCCAAAAUGCAAGUACUUGAGUCUGAUUCGGUUGCCGCAGUGAAGCUUCGGAUCCAAAACAGCAAAGGAUUUGUGGCGAGAAACCAAAGGUUGGUUUUCGAAGGCAGAGAGCUCUCUCGCAAUGAUAGCCAUAUCCGUGACUAUGGGGUGAGGUAUGGAAGUGUGCUUCAUCUCGUGAUCCGACUAUCAGAUCCACGACGAACCGCUGUGAGGACUGUUUAUGGAAGGAAGUUUAAAUUCCAAGUGGACCAACGUCGAAAUGCUAGAUAUAUGAAGCAAGAGAUUUCAAGAAAUGUUGAAAGUCCCAAUGGUAUUGGAGAGAGCAUGACUUUGGUCAAUGGUGAAAAGCUUGAUGAAAGCACAUUAAUCUCCACCAUUUGUGAGACCAACACUUCUGAUACCGAUUUUCUUGCAAACAAGUCAGAAAAUUUUAAUGGAAAUGAAAUAGAAGAAUCUUUUGAGCAAUUAUCCAUUUCUUCUGACAUUGGAAACAAUUUACAAUUUGAUGAUGCCAAGGAGAAAUAUCCCCUGAUUGAACCAGUUCUUGUCAACCCAAGUGUUACCCUUACUCCAAAAAUUACGGGUAUGAUCGAAGCUACACUUGCUGGGCUAGAAAUGGAGCACACACCUGUGAUGUCCUCAGAGGGCACUGGGGGAGUCUACUUCAUGCUAGAUUCAUCAGGCCAAGAGUAUGUUGCUGUUUUCAAGCCAAUAAAUGAAGAGCCAAUGGCAAAGGACAAUCCUAAUGGCUACCCUUUGUCCAGUGAUGGGGAAGGAUUAAAGAGAGGAACAAGAGUCGGUGAAGGUGCAUUCAGGGAGGUUGCAGCAUACAUUCUUGACCAUCCUAUUAGUGGUUAUCGCGUGAGCGAUGAACUAGGGUUUGCUGGUGUUCCUCCGACAGUUCUUGUUCGAUGUUUGAAUGGUUAUGUUGAUCAGACUAAGUAUGAUUGCGCGGAGAAAGAACCGAAAAUUGGGUCCUUGCAAAUGUUUGUGAAGAAUUCUGGGAGUUGUGAGGAGUUUGGUCCUAGGGCUUUCCCUGUGCAAGAGGUGCACAAGAUUGCUGUUUUGGAUAUGAGGCUAGCUAACACGGAUCGCCAUGGCGGCAACAUACUGAUUCGUAAGGAUGAGAAUGGGCAGAUUGAGCUGAUACCAAUUGAUCAUGGGUAUUGUCUGCCUGAAAGCUUUGAAGACUGCACAUUUGAUUGGCUUUACUGGCCCCAAGCACGCCAGCCUUUCAAUGUUGAAACCCUGGACUACAUAAAGUCACUUGACGAGGAAGAGGAUAUCAAGUUGCUCAAGCUCAAUGGUUGUGAACCAUCAUCUAAGUGUGUUCGUGUUUUUCGUCUAAGCACCAUGAUGUUGAAGAAGGGUGCUGUGAGAGGUCUAACUCCAUAUGAGAUCGGUAACAUGUUGUGUAGGGAGAACAUUACAACCAAAUCAAAGAUUGAAGAGAUUGUUGAAGAGGCAGAGCAUGUUGUUCUUCCUGGGAUAGGUGAAAAGGCAUUCAUGGAAGCCAUCUCAGGUAUCAUGGAUCGCUAUCUCAAUGAACUCUUCAAAUGAAAUGCUCCUCAAGAUGACUGUGAAUUAUGGUUUCGAGUGUGUGUGAUAAGUGAAUUUGUAAGUAAUGUAAGUCUCUUUUGUGUCAAGAUAUCGCCUCCAUGAAUAAUAAGGAAGGAUCAUUGGUCCUUCUUACAUUUCUCGAUGUAAAUUGUAAAUGAAUAUAAGUGAAGAAUGUUGUAAAUUAAUGGAUUGUGUAUAUCUCACCAA